CUCCUCCUCUUCACGCCUCCCCUUCACGGCCCAUCUCACGGUUCCCCCCACUUUCCCCACCUUUUCACAUUCUUGGUGUAUCUUCUGAAUCUCCAAAAGCCCACAAAUCUCCCGCCGUCUCACAUACACAACCUCCGCCGCCUCCAUCAUGUCCGCCCUCAUUCAAGUACUUCAGAAGGAAGGCCUGGCCGGUAUUCUCGACACCUCGAAGCCCUCGCUCGCGCUGGCAUUGGCAGCGAUCGCGUUCAACCCGACGGCGUGGAACAUCGUGGCAAGGAAUGAGUACCGCAACAAGACGAUCACCCGCAUUUUCGGCGGGAACGCGAAGGCGGGGUGCUACUUCCUGGCGCUCAUGAUCUUCUCGUUCGGGAUGUUGAGGGACUCGCUCUACCAACGCGCCCUCGCCGAUCAACCGCGCGUCCCCCUCCUCCCCGAGCCCCUCAAUCUCAUUGUCCCCGCCGCCCUGGCCGGCCUCGGCCAGCUCUUCGUCGUCACCUCGACCUGGGCGCUCGGCAUCACCGGUACCUUCCUGGGCGACUACUUCGGGAUCCUCAUGGACCACCGGGUGGAGGGCUUCCCGUUCAAUGUGCUGCGGGAUCCUAUGUAUGUGGGGAGCACGAUGUGCUUUGCGGCGGGUGCGCUAUGGUAUGAGCGCCCGGCGGGACUCCUCAUCACGGCGUACGUGUACAUUGUCUACUUGAUUGCGCUGCGGUUUGAGGGCCCCUUCACCGACAUGAUCUACUCCAAGCGCGCGGAAAAGAAGUCGUUGUAGAGUGUAUCUGGGCUGCUUACCGAGGGCGCGUUGGGGCUAUUGCCCCAGGGGGGAAAAUUGGAGGGUGUUCACAGGACGACACGAAAACACGACUUGACGAUCCGUAACGUCGAGACGACCUGACGACUGACUACGAUAGACGGAUCUCAACUAUCCGCGCGUAGAGAUGGGAUAAAGUACAGUAAUGGAUGUAUAAUGAGAUUUCAACAUCUGCUAAUAAGACAGGCUAUUGGGAUAGA